CCCGGAAGUGAGACGUUUAUUGACAAUAUGGCUGCCGAACUGGGUUUCGGAUUUGCAGAAAUAUUUUAAUUGACAGCGGUAGCCGUGGCUGCGACAAUAACCCGUUUCCAGCUCAGGAGUGUACGCGACAGUUGCAUUUGAAUGAAGACAACCGCGAAUCCACGGGAUGGUGUCAGUGAGCUGAGGAAACGUCCAGAGUGUGAAUCCCGUCAUGUCGUUUUUCAAGAGGAAAGCCAAAAGCAAAGAACCUGAGAAAGGGACAGACGCUAAAGUCAAUAGAGCUCCAACCAGCCCUCAAUCUCCAGGACUGAGGAACCACCAUGCCAUCCAGGAAGCUGCUGGGCCGAGCCACGUGGCCAUCAGCGCCAUCUCGGCCAACAUGGACUCCUUUGCCCGCGGUCGCACCGCCAUCCUCAAGAAGCAGCCGAGCCACAUGGAAGCGGCGCACUUUGGAGAUCUCGGUCACUCCAGUGUGAACUAUCAGCCCCAGGAGACGCGCUCUCGCAUGUCCAAGACGGUUGAGCAGGCCCUUCAGGACAAUGUCGCGAUACCGCACUUCAUGCAUUUCAUGGAACUACGAGGUGCAGACCACCUGGUUCGGUUCUGGCUGGAGGCUGAGAGGUUCCGCUCCACCAGCUGGUCACGUGUUAGAGCGCAUAGUCUAAACUCUGUCAAACACAGCUCCUUGGCCGAGCCGGUCCCCGCGUCUCCAGACGGUUCAGAGCUCUCAGAACUCACCCAGAAAAAGCCCAAUGUCCUUGCACGGCACAGUAACAGCGAAGGCUCUACAGUUCAGACUCAGCAGCGGGACUCAUCCAGCACAGAAGCAGGCGCGAGACCCAGUACGCCUCGAACAGCAACACCCAGCAGGCAGCCACCCUCCAGGUCGGGGACCCCCCUAAAGGUGCAGUCAAGCAGCACCCUGCGCGACCUCUCUGACACACUCAUGAAAAGUAUAGAAAAAGAUGCUGUUACUAUCUUCACCAAGUACAUCUCUCCAGAUGCUGUGAGGCCCAUCCCCAUCACAGAACAGAUCAGAAAUGACAUAGUUGCUAAGAUUUGUGGAGAAGAUGGCAUGGUGGACCCAAACUGCUUUGUCAUUGCACAGUCGGUAGCCUUCGCUAUCUUGGAGCAACAGCACUUUAGCGAAUUCCUGCGGAGCCAUCAUUUCUGUAAAUACCAGAUUGAAGUGUUGACUAGUGGCUCUGUGUUCUUGGCUGACAUCUUGUUCUGUGAGUCAGCUCUUUUCUACUUCUCUGAGUUCAUGGAAAAGGAAGAAGCAAUGAAUGUACUGCAGUUCUGGUUGGCGGCAGACAACUUCCAGAACCAGCUAGCAGCUAAAAAGGGCCAAUAUGAUGGCCAGGAGGCUCAAAAUGAUGCCAUGAUUCUCUACGACAAGUAUUUCUCACUCCAGGCUACCAACCCUCUGGGCUUCGGUGACUCUGUGCGGAUGGAGAUAGAGUCAAAUAUCUGCAGAGAGGGAGGGCCACUGCCUGACUGUUUCACCACUCCACUCAGACAGGCUUGGACAACCAUGGAGAAGGUCUACAUGCCAGGUUUCCUGUCCAGCAACCUUUACUACAAAUACCUGAGUGACCUCAUCAAUUCAGUGCGGGCCGAUGAGUUUGUGAAUGUCAGCACUCCAGGUCAGGGCGGACCGAUGGACAACGACCGCUCAAGUUCAAAUGUCAGCGAGAGUUCUCACACUCAGCAAAGUGCCAGAAAGGCAGCAAUCAAAAUCCUUAAAAACUUUGACGAGGCGAUAACGGUGGACGUUGCCAGCCUGGACCCUGAGACCCUGUACCAGCGGCCGUACGCUGGAAGGAUGACAUUUGGGAAAGUGAAUGAGCUGGGCCAGUUUAUCAGGGAGGCAGAGCCAGAGCCGGAUGUGAAGAAAUCCAAAGGUUCCAUAUUUUCUCAAGCCAUGAAGAAAUGGGUCCAAGGCACCUCGGAUGAGGCCCAGGAGGAGAUGGCGUGGCAGAUUGCCAAGAUGAUUGUCAACGACGUUGUUCACCAGUCAAACCACGACAGCCCCGGCAAGGCCACCAAGUUAUGACCCCACUGAGGAGCCAAAGGACUGUCACUCCCUACAGAUUCUGGCCAAGCCAGUGAUAAACAGUACACAGAGUUCUCACUGCAAUGAACUGCAUUACUCUGAGAAAGAACAAGGCAUUUUAUCACUUCUCCAACCACCAGGUGUGCAUGUGUGCGUGUGUGUGUGUUCGUGUAGCUGAGAGCUUGGAUGAGUGAUUGUUCACACUUGGGCUAAUAGAAAACUUGAAGUACAUCAUUGUUCCACUCUUCCUGCUCCAUAACACUAUAAAGGUACACGUGUUGAGAGUAAAGCAAAGUGCAUCAGACUGGAGGAAGGAAACUUUUGGCAUUACCAGGAGAAGCUGCAGCAUGUCAGUCAACACUCUCACUUUUGUCUUAUCUCGGACCUGCGGAGGUUGCAACAAUAGCAACGUUUUGUUCACUACUUGAUGACACACCUCCCCACGCUUUUUAUAACCAUUCCUUGUUUUUACAUGAACUUCUGUCUUUUGGUCAGCCGCUUAAAGGGUUGUUGGUUUGGAACGUUGUACAGUUUUUGCAUACGCUUCCAUGAGGCUGCCCAGAGAGGCAUUGCCAGCUGUUUACUGGUGUUAGCUGAUGUAGCUUUACUUGUUUGGUACUGUACAACAUCUGGAAAUGUUACAGUGAAGAAGAGUGGAUUCAGUUCUUGGACUUGUGGACCUUCUGUAUAAAUAUCCUGGCACCUUUACAGCGCAUAGAAGAAAAUACUCCCAGUUUUGUUGGAAAACUCCAAAACUCCUCGUCCUAAAUGUUCUGUGUAUAAAUAUCUAUUUAGAUUUCUGGUUUACCCCAAAUAUUAAUGUUAAUUUUUUAUGGUGAUUGCUGAUUUUUUUUUUUCUUUUUUUUUUUGUUUUUUUUUUUUUUUUUAUAUGUCACUGAAACAGACUUCAGUGAUGAGCGGACUGUUUAACUGGAUGGUGAAAUAAAUGAUUUUUUAAAAAAGUU